AUGAAGGACUCAGUCCUCUCGCGCGACGCUCACUCAGUCAUGGAAAUGGGUUCGUCGUGGAGUAUCUCCGCCAGCAAAACAUCACACAAGAAGACCUGGAUCGAUGGCUUUCGACGUGCUGAGCCGCGGCCGGGCUACCUCCCCACGGAUGCGCCGGAGAGAUACUACGAUCUGAGAGCGGCGAAUGCGAAGACGGCGAAUACGGCGCUGGCGAGAGAAUUGAAGGGGAGGCAUUUGCAAAUGAUUGCUUUUGGUGGUGCCAUUGGCACAGGAUUGUUCGUCGCUUCUGGCGGAUCGCUCUAUAGAGGAGGUCCAGCCAGCGUACUAAUAUCAUAUGUCCUCCUCGGAGCCAUGCAGUAUUGUACAAUGCAGUCUCUCGGCGAGCUCUGCGUCAUGUUUCCCAUAGCCGGCUCAUUCUCAGCCUUUUCAACGCGGUUCCUAGAUCCAUCAUGGGGUUUUGCCAUGGGCUGGAAUUAUUGUCUACAGUGGCUAUUUAUUCUCCCCAUCGAGAUAAUAGCUGGCGCCUUCACAAUAGGCUACUGGAACAAAGAUCUGAGUAAAUCUAUAUUCGUCGCUAUUUUUCUUCUCGCCAUCAUCGUCAUCAAUCUAUUCGGUGUCAAGACAUAUGGAGAAGCAGAGUACAUAUUCUCUCUCAUAAAAAUCACCGCAAUCGUGGGCUUCAUCCUCCUCGCCAUCGUGAUCAACAUCGGCGGCGAACCCGACAGCGGUUACAUAGGCGGCAUGUACUGGCGUAACCCGGGCCCCUUCAACAACGGCUUCAAAGGCUUCUGCAGUGUCUUUGUUACAUCUGCCUUUUCCUUCACCGGCACAGAGCUCAUCGGCCUUGCCGCCGCCGAGACAGCCAACCCUCGCAAAUCUCUGCCCACGGCCAUCAAGCAGGUUUUCUGGCGCAUUACCAUCUUCUACAUCGUUUCUCUAUUACUUGUCGGUCUGCUGGUACCUUCUGACGACGGACGUCUCGUAGGCGGUGAUAACGUCGCCGACGCUACGGCGAGUCCAUUCGUCAUUGCGAUUGAGAGGGCUGGAACCUCUCUCCUACCAGGUAUAAUGAACGCCAUCAUCCUCGUCGCUGUUAUCAGUGUUGGCAAUUCAGCUGUGUUUGGAUCCUCAAGAACAUUGGCCGCUUUGGCUGAGCAAUCUCACGCCCCUCAGAUUUUCGCAUACGUUGACAGACAAGGCCGACCCCUCAUGGCCAUUCUUUUCGCAUCAUGCAUCGGUCUUCUCGCCUUCCUCGCUGACGUGAGCUUCAACGAUGCCAUCUUCAACUGGCUUCUCUCCAUCAGUGCGCUGAGUACCCUCUUCACGUGGGGCAGCAUUUGUCUAUGCUACAUCCGGUUCCGCAAGGCGUGGUCAUACAACGCACAUACACUCGACCAACUGCCAUUCAAGUCGCACGUUGGCGUCGCAGGUGCCUGGUUUGCUUUUAUCGGGUACAUCCUCGUCCUCGCCUCGCAGCUCUGGAUCGCUGUGUCACCCGUAAACGAACCCGAUAUCGACGAGAGUCCAUCUGGCCGUGUCCAAAACUUCUUUUUGAAAGUUUUGGCUAUUCCAAUUAUCCUGUCCUCUUAUGGGUGUCAUAAGUUGUGGUAUCGAACACAGGUUGUGCAGGUCCCUGAUAUGGAUAUAGAGACUGGUAGGAGGUAUUUCCGUGUGCAUAUCAUGACGGAGCAAGAGCGUGAAGAACGAAAAGGGUGGCCUUUGUGGAAAAAGGUUUAUCGGUUUCUGUGUUAG